UAGGCCUCCUCAAGCGAGACCCGAAGCGUUGAGAGGAGGUGGCCUCGGCGGCCGCUAAACAGCCCAUCCCUAAGCAGGGGAGGGGUUGGAGAAGCUGAGAAACAGAAAAUGGUUGAGGGCUGUCUCUGCCCUCGACAUCGAGCCGCCAGAGCCGUUCAGCUGGGAGGGGAAGCGAGCCGAGUGAGCAGCGGACCAGUGCUCCCUCCCGAGACUGUCCUGCUCCCGUCAUAGGGCUUGUUAUUCUGUAGGCAGGGGCGACGGAGGCUGCACGAAGUCUCCCUAGGACCGCAAAGGGCCGACAGCCGCGUCCGCCUCGGUAACAUGCAGCUGCGGGAGGAGGAGCAGAAGCAGGCCAGGGUGUGAGGAGGAGCUGCGGCGGCUUCUGCUUUUUGUUUGUUUUGGUUUCGGACGUGUGUCUUUUCCGCCGUUUCCGUGUUUUGGCUCGCCUCGCAGGAGGAGGAAAAUGGAGUCCUUCCCCAGUAGCGAUCGAGUUCAGUUACCUAGAAAUAUGAUUGAAAACAGCAUGUUUGAGGAAGAGCCUGAUGUGGUUGACUUGGCUAAAGAGCCUAGCUUGCAUCCUUUGGAGCCCGAUGAGGUAGAAUAUGAACCAAAAAGUUCUCGUCUUCUUGUACGUGGUCUUGGAGAUCAUGAAAUGGAUGAGGAUGAAGAGGAUUAUGAAUCGUCAUCAGCCAAACUUCUGGGAAUGUCUUUCAUGAAUAGAAGUACUGGUCUGCGAAGUAAUAUGGCUGGUUAUAGGCAACGUUCAGAUGGAUCGUGUUCUGCUCCAUCUGUAAGGACCACAAUAAUCUGUGCAGUUGUUCUUGUGAUUGCUGUCUCCGUAAUCAUGGCGAUCUAUCUUCUCCCCAAGUGCACUUUUACUAAAGAAGGUUGUCACAACAAAAACCACACAAUGGAAGAUAUAUAUCCUUUGGCAACUAAUGGAAAACUGUUUCCAUGGGCUCAUUUUAGGCUUCCGGAAUUUGUUGUUCCAAGCCAUUAUGACAUUGUUCUGCAGCCAAAUCUAACCACAAUGAGAUUUACAGGUUCUGUUCAAAUAACUGUGGAGGUCCUCCAGGUUACUAUGCAUGUUAUACUUCAUAGUUCAAAGCUUAAUAUUACCAAGGUAACACUUGCUUCACUGAGUUCAAGCCAGUCAAAACCAGUCGAUUUCCUGGAAUACCCAAUGAAUGACCAGAUUGCAAUUAUAGCUCCAGAAGCUCUUCUUGUAGGAGAUAAAUAUAAUAUCAGCAUAGAGUAUUCCUCUAAUUUAUCAGACACUUAUUCUGGCUUUUACAAAAUUGCCUUUAAGAAUAACAACUCAGCAAGUUGGCUUGCAGCAACUCAGUUUGAACCCUUGUCAGCAAGAGCAGCAUUCCCUUGUUUUGAUGAACCAGCAUUCAAAGCCAAUUUUCAAGUCAAAAUCAACAGAGAAGAUCAACACAUUGCUCUGUCAAAUAUGCCAAAGAAAUCAACCAAUCUCUUGGCAAAUGGAUUAUUUCAAGAUGAAUUCUUUGUGAGCUUGAAAAUGAGCACUUACCUAGUAGCUGUCAUUGUUGGAAACUUCAAAUGUAUCAAUAAGAAAACUAAUGGGAUUCUGGUAUCUGUUUAUGCUGUACCACAAAAGCUUGGGCAGACUGAAUAUGCCUUAAACACAGCAGUGAAGCUUCUUGAAUUUUACCAGAAUUAUUUUAACAUAACAUACCCAUUUAACAAAAUAGAUCUAGUAGCUCUUCCAGAUUUUCAGGCUGCAGGUAUGGAAAACUGGGGUUUGAUCACUUUCCGUGAGACAGCACUCCUUUAUGAUAAUAAUACUUCUUCAGCAAUUGAUAAAAAGAGAGUGACAACAGUAAUUGCUCAUGAGCUAGCCCAUCAGUGGUUUGGUAAUCUGGUAACAAUGGAGUGGUGGAAUGACCUGUGGCUGAAUGAAGGAUUUGCUACUUUUAUGGAAAAUCUUGCCAUGAAGAUCAUCUUUCCAGAUUUGUAUACUGAUGACAUUUUUUUAAAUCUGCAAUUUAAGACCAUGGAGAAAGAUUCCAUGAAUUCAUCUCACCCGGUUACCCUUCCUGUCAACUCAUCAGCAGAGAUUGAACAAAUGUUUGAUAUAGUCUCCUACAUCAAGGGAUCUUCUCUCUUGUUUAUGUUAAAAAACUAUCUUCAUAAAGAUGUUUUCCAAACUGGCAUUCAGAUCUAUUUGCAUGACUACAGCUAUAAUUCCACGUACAGCGAUAACUUAUGGGACAGUAUGAAUAAGGUGACACGUGGAACCCCUGAUGUAAAAAAAAUUAUGAACACUUGGACAAUUCAGAAAGGAUUUCCAUUGGUGACUGUCAAAAGGGAGGGGAAAAAAAUCCUUUUAAAGCAGGAAAGAUUUGUGCAUAACACAGAACUGGGAGAUCAAAUCUUAUCUUCAAGUUAUCUGUGGCAGAUCCCUCUUUCUUAUAUCACAAACAAUGACAACUCAUCCCUCCCUUUGCAGACAUACUUACUGGAUAAAAAGACAGGUGUAAUUGAGUAUCCUCAUGAAAUAGAGUGGGUGAAGUUCAAUGUGAACGGAAAUGGUUACUAUAUUGUGCAUUAUGAUGAUAAUAACUGGAGUGCUCUAAUUCAACUACUGAAGACAAAUCCCAGUAUUUUUGAUCCCAAAGACAGAGCCAAUUUGAUUCAUAAUACAUUUAUUCUGGCUGGGGUAGGAAAAGUCUCUUUGACCCUGGCUUUCAAUCUAAUAGACUAUAUAGUGAAAGAAAACAGCACGGCUCCAAUUAUACAAGCUUUAUACCAAAUGAGUCGUAUCUUCAAUUUAGUUGAGAAACGAGGAAUGCUGGAUCUCUCAGCCAGAGUGUUGUAUAGGAUUGAAAAAUUGUUUGGAGAGAAGAUUGAUCAAAUAACAUGGAACAAUAAUAAGACCAUCUCAGAAUUAGAACUACAGUCAAAUUUACUAAAUUUUGCCUGUUCCUAUGAUUUAAGAAAGUGUAGUUCCACUGCUUCUGAUCUAUUUAAGACAUGGAAGGACUCCAAUGGGACAGCAAGCCUGCCGACAAAUGUUAUGAAGAUCAUAUUCACAGCUGGAGCAAAAACUGAAGCUGGCUGGCAAUUUCUUUUACAAAUGUAUUCUUUUGUGGAUUCUGAACCAGAAAAACUCAAAAUUCUUGAAUCACUGGCCAGCACAAGUGAUGUUAAAAAACUCAUCUGGUUAAUGGAAACAAGCCUGCAAGGAGUUGUAAUCAGAUCACAGGAUCUUCCAACUGUCAUUAAAAGUAUCAGUCAGAAUUUGCCUGGACAUUUAUUGGCAUGGGAUUUUGUUAAAGAAAAUUGGAAUCAGCUUAUCAAAAAGUUUCACAGCGGAUCAUACACUAUUCAAAGCAUUGUAACAUCAACAACGUAUCAGUUCUCCACACUAGAACAUCUGCUAGAGGUUAAGUCAUUCUUUGAGUCAAAGUCAGAGGAAACUGCUCAGUUGCGGUAUGUCCGAGAAGCUAUUGAGACAAUUCAACUGAAUAUUCAGUGGAUGGAAAAAAACUUGGCACUCCUCGAAAAACUGCUAUAGUAGUCACAAUUCUCUUACAGCUUGUAUUAAUCACUAGAAAUGCUGGUCUUUUGCUUUUGCAAAAAAAAAAAAGUUAAACAUGAGCAAUGCAAUUUUUGUUUUUUGCACUCAGAGGGUUGUAGUUAGCUCAGGGUUAAUCUUUUCUGAAUUGGCUCUCUGGAGUAUUUGUGGACUGGAUAUAAUUGCUAAUAAGGGAAAAGCUCAUUUUGACCACAUAUUCACAUAAACAAGGAUACUAUAAUAACUUUUAAAAUUUAAGUACAGUUCCCUUUCAUUGUAGGAACAUGGAAUUCCAUUUCUACAUAUAGAGUACAUUUUUACUUAAUGAAAAAACAGGAGAGCAAGACAAACACUCCAGAGAUCUGCUUUUUCUUUGCAAAAUUCAGUUUGGUCUUUCUCAUUGUGCAUAGUUUGCUGAAUUGUAAAUAAUGUCUCUGUUGUAAAGCAUUUUUAUCGCCAUUAUAAGCAGUGGCUAAAACACAGUAAGAUAAAUAGGUGAAGUAACAAGUAAGAUUUGGGGAGUUCUGGGUGUUGAUUUAUCUAGGCAUUUUCUAGAAAUUAUGCAAAUAUCAGAAUUUUUUAAUUACAACAUGGCUAGAUGUUAACUAGUACUGUGUACUGAAUUAAGUUAAAUGACCUUUUGUAAACAUAAGUAAAAUGUUAAGAGAGCUAUGCUGAACCUGACCAUAGAGGUUUUCAAAAAGGUUAUAAAUUAUAGGUUGGAGAAUGUUUUAUACAGUUUUCAGAGUCCAGUUUUGUUUUUCCAUUUCAUAUAGCUUCCUAAAAGUAUGUAGUACACUGAUUCAGCAAUUGUAGAAUUAUUGGUUUAGGAAUUGCCUGGUUUCAAUUCCUUUCAAUAUUGCCCUGAUGUUUCACAUUUUUCUGUAAAUAGAUAUUUCUGAAACUAGAUCAUGCCUGUACUUUGACCAAAGUAACUAUUUGUUAAAUCAUGACACAUGCUGUUUUUGUCACUCAUCCUUGUUCUAAAAUCUUUCACCGAAAAUAAAGCAUGCCAUAUUAUUAUAAGAAA